GUGUGACGCUGUGUAGUAUGAACAGCUGACAGGUCCCAAGGCCCUGUGGCUGAUAUAUAAAGAGGGACUGAUCUUGGAGUGAGAGCUGCUCUGUGUCUCAAGUUCAGACUCACAGGAUGAACACCCUCCAGACUCUGUUUCUCCUGGCGGCAGGCCUCUCUGUUGUCCAGCCCAUGAGCAUCAAGGCACUUAACCAGUUUAGAAGAAUGAUCCUGUGUAUGAUGCCUGAUAGCUGGCCUGUUCUUGACUACGCUGACUACGGCUGCUACUGUGGAAAGGGAGGCUCUGGCACGCCUGUGGAUGAUCUGGAUAGGUGCUGCCAAGUGCAUGACCAGUGUUACAGCGAUGCUAUGCAGCACUCUGCGUGCUGGCCCAUCAUCGACAACCCUUACACCGAGUUCUAUGACUACAGCUGUGAUGAACAAAACAAGAAGGUCACCUGUGGCAAUGACAACAAUGAAUGUGAGAUGUUCAUCUGUGAGUGUGACAGGAAGGCCGCAGAGUGUUUUGCGAGAUCACCCUGGAUCCCUGAGCACGAGCACCUGCCCAGCGACCAGUGUCAGUAAAACAAACAAACCCUGUCAAAUGCAGAAUUUAUACUUACACGUGACAUAGCCAUCUUUUAGCUUUCAAAAGUGAUCGACUGCUCUGUCAGUUUAUUGAGAAUCAAUGCCUUAGUAGAAACAUUCUCAUAGACUUUAUACUGUCACGUCUAAAGUAUCAUGAUUUCUGUAUGGGACUAUACAGUUCUCAUAAUGUAGAAUUACUGAUCUAUAACCAUCCAUGAUUAUGUCACAUGUACUCAAUCUCUCUUGUUAGGUGUGGAUCUGUAAAGUGAUCUGCAUACUCAUUUUACCUCACAUGUUGUCUACUGAUGGCCAGUUGUUCAAGGGUAUAAUCUUAAAUACCAAUAGAGGGCACUACGGUCUACUGAUUUCUUUCCUUGCUUGCAGGGUGAAAUCAGUAGUAUACAGUGGUAUGGCACAGACUCUGCCGCCUGAUGCUUUGUCUGUGUCAGCUGUCCUGGUAUAUAUACUUCCUGUAAAAGUCCCACACACACAGUAUGUAAUAUUUGCACUUAAUCAAAUAAUAAAAAAUAGAUUUGCUCAGAAAAGAAAAAAAA